AUGUCUUUGUAUGACACUGCAGAUCACAGCACAGUGUGUGAUAUAGCAGAUGGAGGAAACCACUCAGUCUACCCAACCAAGAUUCCCCUUCCUCUGGUGCAAUGUAAGAAAAGGAUUCAACCUCAGAUGCCGGAUGCUUGGCAUCAUUCUGGCAACAAGCGAAAUGUUAGAAAAGGAUUCAACCUCAGAUUCCAGAUGCUCAGCAUCAAUCUGGCCACAAGUCUACCCAACCAAGAUUAUCCUUCCUCCAGCAAAAUGUUAGAAAAGGAUUCAACCCCAGAUGCAAGAUGCUUGGCAUCAAUCUGGCCACCAGGUGAAGUGGAACACAGAACCAACUCAGUCCACCCAACCAAGAUUACCCCUCCUCCGGUGCAAUGUAAGAAAAGGAUCAUGCCUCAGAUGGAAGAUGCUUGGCAUCAGUCUGGCCACCAGAUGAAGUGGAGCACAAUGACAACGAGAAUGAUGAUGGCCAUGCCACCACCACACACAUGA